AUGGGGAAGAAGAAAGACAAGAACGUCGACGUUUCUUAUAUUGUAUUUGGAUGUUGCGCUUGGUACAAAUUCAGCAGGAAGAGCACCGCCUCUGAUCUUCACACUUCCAUGCAAGACAAGAUUUUCAAAAAGAUGGAAGUGUCUAAAGAGGAGAAAUCUUAUAUGGUGGGGAGGAGUUUGAAGAUAUGCGAGAUUGGAUCAACUGACGAAAGAGCAACACUAGAGGAGGAACAGAGCAGGAGAAGAUUGAAGGAGAAGAAGGAGGAGAAUGUUAAGGUGAAGGAUGAAGACGAUGAUGAGGUAGAGAAAAAGAAGAAGAAUGACAAGAAGAAGGUGGUGGAGAAGGAUGAGGAAGAUAAAGAAAAGAUUGAGGAAGACAAGGAUGAGUAUGUGGAGAAGGUGAAUGAGGAAGACAAUGAUGAGGAAUUGUUGGACGACAAGGAUGAGGAUGUGGAGAAGGAAGAUGUGAUGAAUGCGAAGAUUGAGAUUGAUAUUGUGAAUAAGUUGAAUGAGAAGUUUGAGGAUGUGGAGGAAAAUGUGAUGAAUGAGAAGAUUAAGAUUGAGGAUGUGGUGGAUAAGGUGAAUGAGAUGGUUAAGGAAGAUGUGAUUGAGGAUGUGCAUUGGUUGAAUGAUGUGAUGGAUAAGGUGAAUGAUAAGGUCGAGGAGGAUGUGGUGUUGAAUGGUGAGAAGGACGAGAAGUUGAAUGAGAUGGUGGAGGAGGAUAAGUUUAAUGAGAAGAUUGAGGAUGUGGAGAAGGUGAAUAAUGUGGUGGAUAAGAAGUUUAAUGAGAAGAUUAAGGAUGUGGAGAAGGUAAAUGAUGUGGUGGAUAAGGUGAAUGAGAUGGUGGAGAAGGAUGUGGUUCUCAAGGAUGAGGAUCUAAAGAAGGAUGUGGUGUUGAAGGAUGAUGAUGUGUUUGAGGACAAGAAGAAGGUAAACAAGAAGAAGGUGCAAAAGAAGGUGGAGAAGAAGGAAGACAAUGAGGAGGGGAUGUGUUUGUGA